CUAUAGUUAGCUUUUUUCCCUACCCCUACCUUUUCCCAUAUCUUGUUGAAAGCGUUCGGAAGAACACCAUUCUUAAGCUAAACCUUCUGCUACGAAUUUCUUCCACAGUGAGGCUAUACACAGUAGAUUUUCCACCGUCAUUUUUCAAAAAUCACUUGGUAAAACGGUAAAACCUCCCUACUUUCCCAAAUCCCAACUCUUCGCUACACCAUGAUGAGGUUUUUCGGACGGUCACCGACCGCUGUGGAAUCGCCGCAGUCGGCAUCUCCGUCGACUUCGCCGUUGCCGCCGUAUCCACAACCCUCCGUCAACACUGCGGCAGGACCGGCCAGGCCUAUCCGGUUUGUGUAUUGCGACGAGAAAGGAAAAUUUCAGAUUGAUCGGGAGGCCCUUUCUGCGCUCCAGCUCGUUAAAGAGCCCGUUGGGGUUGUCUCCGUCUGUGGGCGCGCCCGGCAAGGCAAGAGCUACAUACUUAAUCAGCUUCUUGGGAGAAGUAGUGGAUUUCAAGUGGCAUCAACUCAUCGUCCGUGUACCAAAGGUCUUUGGUUGUGGAGUGCACCUUUAAAGCGAACUGCUCUUGAUGGAACAGAGUAUAACCUUUUGCUGAUUGACACUGAAGGAAUCGAUGCAUAUGAUCAAACAGGAACUUAUAGCGCUCAAAUAUUUUCAUUGGCAGUCCUCCUAUCAAGCAUGUUCAUUUACAAUCAGAUGGGUGGUAUUGAUGAAGCUGCUCUUGAUCGGCUCUCGCUUGUCACUGAAAUGACUAAACAUAUCAGGGUCAGAGCAUCUGGAGGAAGGAAUACAGCAUCUGAACUUGGACAGUUCUCACCCAUUUUUGUCUGGCUGCUUAGAGAUUUUUACUUGGACUUAACUGAGGAUAAUAGGAAAAUAACACCACGAGAUUACUUGGAGCUUGCAUUGAGACCAGUUCAAGGUGGUGGUAGAGAUGUAGCAUCCAAGAAUGAGAUUAGAGAGUCAAUUCGUGCUCUUUUUCCUGACAGAGAGUGCUUUACUCUUGUGAGACCUUUGAGCAAUGAAACCGAGUUGCAAAAGCUUGAUCAAAUAUCUUUAGAUAAACUCCGGCCAGAAUUUAAAGCAGGUCUUGAUGCGUUGACAAGAUUUGUCUUUGAGAGGACCAGGGCCAAACAAGUUGGUGCAACAGUAAUGACAGGACCCAUCUUUGCCCAAAUUACUCAGUCUUUUCUCGAUGCACUAAAUAAUGGUGCUGUGCCGACAAUUACAUCUUCAUGGCAGAGUGUUGAGGAAGCUGAGUGUCAAAGAGCCUAUGACCUAGGUGCUGAGGCAUACAUGUCUUCUUUCAAUCGGUCCACACCUCCUGAGGAAGCUGCACUGAGAGAAGCACAUGAAGAUGCGGUCCAAAAGUCAAUGGCUGCAUUUAAUGCUACUGCUGUAGGGGCUGGAUCAAUCAGGCAAAAGUAUGAUAAGCGUCUUCAGAGCUUCAUCAAAAGGGCAUUCGAGGAUAUUAAAAGGGAUGCCUACAGGGAUGCUUUUUUGCAAUGUUCAAAUGCCAUACAAGACAUGGAAAAGGAACUCAGAAUGGCUUGUCAUGUUCCUGAUGCAAAAAUAGACGCUGUACUUAAAGUGCUUGAUCGUCUAGUAUCAAAUUAUGAAGCUUCAACUCAUGGUCCAGAAAAAUGGAGAAAACUUAUUGUUUUCUUACAGCAGAGUCUGGAAGGCCCUCUGUUAGAUCUCACCAACAAACAAAUAGACCAAAUCAGAUCAGAGAAGACUUCUCUUGCACUGAAGUGCCGUUCCAUUGAGGAUCGAAUGAGUUUGAUGAACAAACAGUUGGAAGCCAGCGAGAAGUACAAGUCUGAAUAUCUGAAGCGCUAUGAGGACGCCAUCAAUGACAAGAAGAAAAUUUCAGAUGAUUACAUGAGCCGUAUAACCACCUUGCAGAGCAAUUGCAGUUCGUUGGAGGAGAGAUGUUUCAGCUUGUCAAAAACGGUGGAUUCUGCCAAGCAGGAGUCUUUGGAAUGGAAAAGAAAGUAUGAGACAGUGUUGUCAAAGCUCAAGGCUGAAGAAGAUCAGGCAAAUGCAGAGAUUGCAAUUCUCCGGUCGAGAACAUCAGCUGCUGAAGCAAGAGUCGCUGCUGCUAAAGAACAAUCUCAAUCUGCUCAAGAAGAGGCUGAUGAGUGGAAGCGAAAAUUUGAUAGUGCUGCUAGGGAUGCAAAAAAUGCUCUUGAGAAGGCAGCGCUUGUCCAAGAGCGUACCAACAAGCAAACCCAUGCUAGAGAAGAGGCUUUGAGGAAAGAAUUUUCCCUUACCCUGGCUAAGAAGGAUGAUGAAGUUAAGGAUAAGGCGUCAAAGCUUGAAAAGGCAGAGCAACACUUGGCAACUCUCAGUGUGCAACUGAAGGCUUCCGAAUCGAAGAUAAAGAACUAUGAUGUUGAAGUUUCAUCAUUGAAGCAUGAAAUAAAGAAUCUGGGUGAGAGGAUAGAGAACAUCAGUGCAUCUGCACAGUCAUUUGAAAGAGAGGCUCGAAUUCUGGAACAAGAGAAACUCCACUUGGAACAGAAGUACCAAACGGAGUUUGAGAGGUUCGAGGAUGUCCAGAAACGGUGCAAAUCUGCCGAGACAGAGGCCAAGAGAGCCACCGAACUCGCAGACAAGGCGAGAUCCGAAGCUGCCAUGGCCCACAAGGAGCGGAGCGACAUCCAACAGAUAGCAAUGGAGAGGUUGGCUAAGUUGGAGAGGGCUGAUAGGCAUGUAGAGAACCUGAAAAGGGAGAUAUCUGACCUGACCGAGGAGGUGGUCAGGCACCGGUCAGCCGAAGAGGAUGCCCUGUCAAAGGUCUCAAUCCUCGAGGCCAGAGUUGAAGAACGAGAAAAAGAGAUUGAAUCUCUACUGAAAUCAAACAACGAACAGAGGGCCAGCACUGUUCAGGUUUUGGAGAGUUUGCUGGAGACCGAACGGGCUGCAAGGGCCGAAGCAAACAGCAGGGCAGAAGCUCUGUCUUUACAACUUCAAUCCACACAAGGAAAAUUGGACCUCCUUCAGCAACAAAUGACAACCGUCCGAUUGAAUGAGUCAGCACUUGACAGUAAACUGAGAACCGGAAAACGGGGGAGAGGCAAUGAAACAGGGGGAGGAGUGGACUCAGUACAGGACACAAGGAGGGCUAGCAAGAGAGCGAAGAGCACUACUAGUCCUCUAAAGUUCGGGGGCUCUCCCCCAGACGACGAUGCUUCGGUUUACAGGGGGUCUGUUGAAGAGGACGAGAGCCCGCAGCAGACAGCCACGACAACUACAGAGGACUAUACCAAGUUCACUAUCCAGAAACUUAAACAAGAGCUUACCAAACACAACUUUGGUGCUGAGCUCCUCCAACUGAAGAACCCCAACAAGAAGGAUAUUCUUGCUCUUUAUGAGAGAUGUGUUCUCCAAAACAAGUGUUAGCCUUUCCUAUACUCUUUGUGUCUUCCUCUUCUCCUCCUCUUCCUCUAACUAAUGUCCUUUUUUAUAUUGUUUCUUUUUGUGGGUUAGUAUUUGCUGUUUUACUAUUGGCUCCAAGAUUGAUUGUGUGACAUUAUAAUAUUAACUGCUGCCAUUAAUCUCAGAAGUGUAAUUUGCAGAAGAAGACAACUGAGAGGUGCAAUCUUGUAAUUUUGGUUUGUCUGUUUAUGGGCCAGCUGUUUUUGGAAAUAUUUGGAUAGACCAUUUGAAGAUUUCUUGUUCUUGGUGCGGUAUAUUUUAUGAAUGCAAGUUUUUUUUUCCCCUUCUUUCUUUAAUUUGUGCUCUCGAAGUGGACAACUUU